AUGUCAAACGCAACCAACAUAACCAACAACCCAGUCGACGCAUGCCCAAGAGACCUGCAAUAUGGUAUCCCUGAUGCAUGGAGAGACUCAACUUCUUCAAACUUCUCUCAGGCCGCAUGCUCUGCCCCAGCCUGCAACAAUUUUCCGUCCACACUUGCUCAAUGCUGCGGACGCGCAGAAAGUGAUCUUUAUUACUUCAAUACCACGAUCGGCCCUUUUGCUUCCUGUGCAAUCGCCAAUAGCAAUGACACUGAAGCUUACCAAGCUCUCCAACGCUGUCUAGCCGACAAAGAAGUCAGAAACUUCAAAUGUAACGACCCAGAAGUCGUCGUUGCGCCAAAUUGUGGAAUCAAUUGUACCGACCCAAAGAUCAUCAUUUCGCCAUCGUGUGGAUUCGGUACUCAACCACCUGACAACCAAACCCUCGACUGGCCGAUCCAGCAGAGAUGCAGUCUUCCCAUGUCAGUCAAUGCCACUAGAGCGAUGAGGAAGUGCUGUUCGAACUAUGACAGUGGCGACGGCCUGCUCGUCUACUCAGAGGGGUGCUACAUUAGCUGCAUUUCUGACUCUACCAAUGGCACUUUCUCGAGUUGUCUUGCUAGAAACUAUGAUAUCAGCACUCAGGCCUUUGUGUGUACUGCAAAUGAUGGCCGGGAAAAUCCUGAUUUGAGCCGGGAGACCCCUGAUUCGAGCGUCGGCGCUCGAGGCUCGCCGUCUCUGGCCGCUAUCUUCACAAUGUUGUUGCUGGGCUCGUCAAUGUUGACGCUCUGA